AUGUUCACAUUAUUUUUAUCAAUAUUAGGAGCAGAAAAUCCAUUCAGUUUGUACGAAUUCAUUCCAGGAAACUGGACCAGCGUCAAACAUAGAGCAAGUAUGCUAAUUGAUUUAGAUGAUGAGAUUGUAUCCGAAACAAACACAUCAAAAUACUACACAGGAUUCUUCAACAAUUCUAAAUUGACCAUAGAAGUUACGUCACCAACAACAAUGAAUGUUCAAUACGGAAAAAUAAAAACACACCUCAAUUUAACUCUUGUUAGAGAUUGGAUCACACACGCUGAUACCAUUUUAGAAAAUGGACUCCACCUUUCAUUCAGUACAUUUGCCCAGAUCAAUUGCGAGAUUGAAAUUGCCGAUAAAGAAACUGGCGAAAUACAUUCUAUUGGCUUAAGAAAAAUUGAGAAAGUAGAAUAUAAACUUCAUGAUUUUCUUAUUCCAACUGGAAUUGCAAUCGCAAUUAUCUUUGUAUUGAAAUAUUUCCUCCAUAUUUCAUUUUUCUAA